UUCCCUAGAGCCAUGGAGAGGAGCAACCACACGGUGACAGAGUUCAUCCUGCUGGGCUUCAGCACAGACCCCGUGACGCAGCGCGUCCUCUUUGUGGUAUUCCUGGCCGUGUACUCUGUGACUGUGGUGGGAAAUAUCACCCUCAUGGUGCUGAUCUGCAGUGACUCCCGGCUGCACACACCCAUGUAUUUUUUCAUUGGGAAUCUGUCUUUUCUGGAUCUCUGGUAUUCCUCUGUCUACACGCCUAAGAUCCUAGUGAUCUGCAUCUCUGAGGACAGAAGCAUCUCCUUUGCUGGCUGUGUAGCUCAGUUCUUCUUCUCUGCUGGGCUGGCGUACAGUGAGUGUUACCUGCUGGCUGCCAUGGCUUAUGACCGCUAUGUGGCCAUCUCUAAGCCGCUGCUUUACUCACAGGCCAUGUCCAUAAAGCUGUGUGCAUUUUUGGUGGUGGCCUCAUACUUUGGUGCCUUUAUCAACUGUUCCAUUGCCACUGAAAGAACAUUUUCCUUAAACUUCUGUGGAGACAAUGUUAUUGAUGACUUUUUCUGUGAUUUGUUUCCAUUAGUGAAGUUGGCCUGUGGCAGGAAAGAUGGCUUCCAGGCUGUGCUUUUCUUAUGCCUGGCCUCCAAUGUCAUUACCCCCUGUGUGCUCAUCCUCGCCUCCUACCUCUUCAUCAUCACCACCAUCCUGAGGAUCCACUCUACCCAGGGCCGCCUCAAAGCCUUCUCCACAUGCUCCUCCCACCUGACCUCUGUCACCUUAUACUAUGGCUCCAUUCUCUACAUUUACACCCAUCCCCGAUCCAGCAGUGCUUUAGAGAGGGACAAAAUCGUUUCCACAUUUUACACUGUGGUGUUCCCCAUGCUGAAUCCCAUGAUCUACAGCCUGAGGAAUAAGGAUGUGAAGGAUGCUCUCAUGAAACUCUUCAAAUAA